AAUGUUGCAGAAGAUUCUUGAGAAAAUUAAAAAUAUCAAGAAAAAUGGCUGCCUCCAGAUAUGUCACGAGUUUCGUAAAGUUAUCUCAAAUAAGUGGUACAAAAUUGACUUGUGGAAAUUUUCACAGACUAGUGACAAUUCCCCAAAAUGUGCUGUGUCAACCAAAGCAAAUAAGUAACAUUCUCUUAGCUACCAGGCACUUACAGUUUAGGUGUUACAGCCAAAAGUCCGACAGCAGCAACGAGACACAGACGACGACGGCGAACAAACCGGCUGCAGCUAGUCCAAUAUUAGGUUCAUUUCAAGGUAUGGGAAUUGCAGGAGAGGUUUUAAAGUCCCAAAAUGAAACCGAAGGAAAGCUGAAGUCUUCUCCACCUGGCCAACAACAACAAAACAACAGUGAAGAAGAUGAAGAAGCCAAAAAGAAAAAGGAAGCAGAGGCUAGUUGGAGAACUAUGAAAUACACACUUAUUUUCUUUGGAGUAACACUAAGCGGCCUAAGUGGUUACAUUGUUGGCACAUGGGGAGCACCAGAGAGAGAUGAAGAGGGCAAUGUGAUAGAAGACCAAUUCAGCUCAAAACCUCUGGCACUACAAUAUAUCCUUAGGUCAUGGAAUGCCAUAAUGAACUAUAGUCAAAUGAUUAGAGACCCUUCAAGAGAUAAACUUUUACCUGAUCCUCUGAAAGAGCCAUAUUAUCAGCCUCCUUACACAUUAAUCUUGGAAAUGACUGGUGUUCUAGUCCACCCAGAUUGGACAUAUCAAACUGGUUGGAGGUUUAAGAAGAGGCCAGGAAUAGAUUUUUUUUUGGCACAAGUGGGUCCACCCGCAUUUGAAGUGGUUGUCUACACGGCUGAACAAGCCUUUACGGCCUUUCCCAUAUUAGACGCCUUGGAUCCCAACGGUUACAUCAUGUACCGACUCUUCCGCGACGCUACUCGGUAUGUUGAUGGUCAUCACGUGAAAGAUCUUGACUGCAUCAAUCGCGAUCCAUCAAAAGUGAUUGUCCUCGAUUGGAACACCCAGUCAGUCAAAUCGCAUCCUCGUAAUGCACUUAGAAUUAAAGAAUGGAAGGGUAACGAUGAUGACAGGACCCUUGUCGACUUGGCUCUACUAUUGAAAACAAUUGCUACGUCAGAAGUCCAAGAUGUGCGAGAAGUGCUGGAUUUCUACAACCAAUUCGACGAUCCUAUCGAAGCAUUUCGGGAAAAUCAACGGAAACUUCAAGAACAACAGGAACUGAUGGAACGAAUGAAUCAAGAGAAACAAAUUCUACCAGCUACAUCUGUUGCCCGUGGUCUAUUUGGUCGGCGAUUUUGAUUCAGCAAGUCUCGUUUCUAGUAUAUUAAUUCGAAUAAAUCACCGAUCGAAAGUU